GUGAAGCACACACUAAUCCCGGCGCAGUGAGCUGCCUGCAACAGCGGCGCUCGGAGCGCAGUGAGGGGUUAUUUGUCACAUUGAGAGGCACAUUGUCGCGCUACCGGUCGGGUGCGUCAGCACCUGUAGAUGGCUGAUGGCAGUUAUUUGCAGGAAUGUCUGUCCUGCCGCUCAGUCCAUAAUUGCAUAUUUUCACCACGAGAGUGCUCCACUGCGACUGUCUGGGUUAGGAGUUCGGCUAAAUAAUAGUAAAUGGUGAGUUCAAACUGGUUUGCUGUCACGUCGAUCGUGGGUUACCCAAGUCUUCACUGACAGAUCCAUCCAGACGCGAAUCUCUCUCUGACCAUCUAGACACUUUCAAUCCAGUAAUAUAGAGGGUCGUUAAAGAGAAAGAAGACCUGUUGCCUGAAGAAGAGGAUAUUUUCAUCCCCCUUGGUACACAGUUUCUUGUUUUGGAAGAAAUAACCUUUAUUUGGGAACAUGGAACUAUCUCUGGCCCAUCCUGCCAUUAAGGCCUUCAUGUGUGGUUCUCUAAGUGGCACCUGCUCCACGUUACUCUUCCAGCCUCUGGACCUGGUGAAGACCCGGCUGCAGACCCUGCACAACACCGUCCAGCCAGGUUCUGCGAGGGUGGGGAUGGUGACCGUGUUUCUCAGUGUGGUGAGGACAGAAAAGCUCCUAGGACUAUGGAAAGGAGUGUCACCAUCUUUUGUGCGCACCAUCCCUGGCGUGGGGAUCUACUUCAGCACCUACUUCUCCCUGAAGCAGCACUUCUUCCUGGAGAAAGGCCCCAAGGCCCUGGAGGCCAUGAUGCUGGGGGCUGGGGCCCGUGUGGUGGCAGGGGUGUGUAUGCUGCCUGUCACUGUCAUCAAGACACGUUUUGAGAGUGGGAGGUAUAACUACAGCAGUGUGCUGGGGGCCCUGCGCAGCGUGUGGCAGACUGAGGGCCCGCGGGCCCUCUUCUCCGGCCUGGCAGCCACACUCCUCCGAGACGCACCCUUCUCAGGCCUCUACCUCAUGUUCUACAGCCAAAGCAAGAGCGCACUGCCAAUGCAGAUUAGCUCAUCGUCCUACGCACCAUUGGGUAACUUCAGCUGUGGGGUGCUGUCGGGUGUCUUAGCCUCCUUGGUGACUCAGCCAGCAGAUGUUGUCAAAACGCAAUUGCAAGUUUGUCCCCAUCUCUACAAGAGGACAUCAGAUGCUGUAUACUUCAUAUACAAGGAACAUGGAUUGUGUGGGUUUUUCAGAGGUGGUGUGCCUCGCUGCCUGAGGAGGACCAUGAUGGCGGCCAUGGCCUGGACUGUGUACGAGCAGCUCAUGGCUCAGUUAGGCCUCAAGUCCUGAGUGGAGGACCAGACACAAAGACACAGAGCGUCAGGGAAGUGUGGACGAACAAGCAAGUGAUAGACAAGUGGACAAGUUGGUCGGCAACCUUGUAAAAAGUGGGACCGUGUAUGGACAGAUCAGAGAGUGCAAAGAACGACCUUCUGUGGGCUCACCUUGCCAAUAGAGACACUGUGACUGUGAAUUAUGCCAUUUGUCUUUUCAAGUGUAAGGCAGCUGCAUUAAUGGCGCACACAGAAAGACAGUAAUUCUUUGGCUGAAUUGACUGUGGAGGUAGAACUGCAGGCCUUGAGGUGAACACCUCACCUCUGUUUUAAAUGUGACUAUAUGAAACCUGAGAUUUAUAAAGUUCAAAUCACUCUGACAUGGACUUAACUUUGCUUUUCCUGCACUAAUACUCUGUCUGAGAAGCUUUUAGUUAUAAUGUCUGAAGAUUGACUACUUCAUAUCACUGCACAUAACAGUUGAUUUUGACAUUGUAAGCUACAGUAGAUGAAAGUGGACUGAAUACUGCCAUUCAAAAUGCACAUCUUUUUUUUCCUAGAUGGAUGCACUUUAAAUCUGCUUAAGAGAAUGUGUGACCAUCUUUAUUAUAUUGUUGUUACUAAGGUACUACUAAAUGCACAAUGAAAUGCUGUUUUAUAUGAACACUAGCAUUGCUUAUGUUUAAUA